GGGAUUAGAAAGAGAGUUACCUUCCUCUGAGAGUGAGCUAAAUGCUAAGGAAAAGGAGUUACCUUCCUCUGAGAGUGAGCUAAAGGCUAAGGAAAAGGAGUUACCGACCUCUGAGAGUGAGCUAAAGGCUAAGGAAAAGGAGUUACCUUCCUCUGAGAGUGAGCUAAAGGCUAAGGAAAAGGAGUUACCGACCUCUGAGAGUGAGCUAAAGGCUAAGGAAAAGGAGUUACCGACCUCUGAGAGUGAGCUAAAGGCUAAGGAAAAGGAGUUACCUACCUCUGAGAGUGAGCUAAAAGCUAAGGAAAAGGAGUUACCGACCUCUGAGAGUGAGCUAAAGGCUAAGGAAAAGGAGUUACCGACCUCUGAGACAACGCCCCUAGCUACGUCCCUAGCAACGCCCCUAGCAACGCCCCUAGCAACGCCCCUAGCAACGCCCCUAGCAACGCCCUUAGCAAGACCCCCUAGCAACGCUUCUAGCAAUGCCCCUAGCAACGCCCCUAGCAACGCUCAUAGCAACACCCCUAGCAACACCCCUAGCAACGCCCCUAGCAACGCCCUUAGCAACGCCCCUAGCAGCGCCCCUAGCAGCGUCCCUAGCAACGCCCCUAGUAACGCCCCUAGCAACGCCCCUAGCAACGCCCCUAGCAACGCCCCUAGCAACGCCCCUAGCAACACCCCUAGCAACGCCCCUAGCAAUGCCCCUAGCAACACCCCUAGCAACGCCCCUAGCAACGCCCCUAGCAACUCUCUUAGCAACGCCCCUAGCAACGCCCCUAGCAACGCCCCUAGCAAUGCCCCUAGCAACACCCCUAGCAACGCUCCUAGCAACGCCCCUAGCAACGCUCCUAGCAACGCCCCUAGCAAUGCCCCUAGCAACUCCCUUAGCAACGCCCCUAGCAACGCCCCUAGCAACGCUCCUAGCAACGCCCCUAGCAACACUCCUAGCAACGCCCCUAGCAAGACUCCUAGCAACGCCCCUAGCAACGCCCCUAGCAAGACCCCUAGCAACGCCCCUAGCAACGCCCCUAGCAACACCCCUAACAACGCCCCUAACAACACCCCUAACAACGCCCCUAGCAACGCCCCUAGCAACGCCCCUAGCAACACCCCUAGCAACGCCCCUAACAACGCCCCUAACAACGCCCCUAGCAACGCCCCUAGCAACGCCCCUAGCAACACCCCUAACAACACCCCUAACAACGCCCCUAGCAACACCCCUAGCAACGCCCCUAGCAACACCCCUAACAACGCCCCUAGCAACGCCCCUAACAACGCCCCUAGCAACGCCCCUAACAACGCCCCUAGCAACGCCCCUAGCAACACCCCUAACAACGCCCUAACAACGCCCCUAGCAACGCCCCUAGCAACGCCCCUAGCAACGCCCCUAACAACGCCCCUAGCAACGCCCCUAGCAACGCUAUCCUAA